CAUUCAUCAUGUUCUUGCUUAUGCUGGUGUGCCUGUGGCUUUCACUAAGUGACUCCAUGACAGAAGCAAUAAAGCCACUUUUCAGUCAUAAAGUUGUACAUGAAGAUGAUGAUGUUACUUUGUCCUGUAGCUACAAAGACUUCAGUGGUAGUGUAAAUAAUCUGCAAUGGUACAGGCAAUAUCCAAAAUCCAAACCCGAGUUCCUUCUUUACAUCUAUCCAAGUGGAGUUAAAAGUCCUUCCAUCCCACCGCGUCUGUCUGCUAAAGUUGAUGAUGACAAUAAUAAAAAACAAGUGGAUCUGCUCAUCUCCUCUGCUGCUGUAUCAGACUCUGCACUGUACUACUGUGCUCUGGUGCCCACAGUGACAGGAAAUCCAUCUGCACUGUACAAAAACUCUGACACAGUUCUGUUAUGCUAAAGGCAGAAUAACUGAUAAAGGUCUAUAACUUAAACCCCUUCAGACCAGGAGCCCUGCUAAUUUUUGCUGCUCUCUCUCUCUGUCUCUUUCCCUCUCUGUUAAUUUAUCUACACUAUGGACAUCAUAUUGUUGUAUCAGAGGUUUUUUAUUAUUAUUA